GGAUAAUAUGUUAUCCAUAAAGAUCCCCAACACAAAAAACGCUUUACUUUCACAAUGGCUGUUCUCAACGUCUCCUUCUGUUCUUCCACACUCCCUCCAAAUCCAAAACCUCCACUCUCCUUCCACAAACCUCUCCUCCUCUCAGUAACCCCACAGUCCUCUCUCUGCUAUCGCACGCCUCAGGGACUCAACCAGAUUGGACCUCCCCAAAAUCUCAUUCUUUCUUUAGGUGAAUCGGUGGCUAAAGCAAGCUUUCUUGCUCUAAUCUCAGCUUCGCUCUGUUUUGCAGAUCCUGCACUUGCGUUUAAGGGUGGAGGUCCAUACGGUGCUGGAGUGACGAGGGGUCAGGAUCUCACUGGGAAAGAUUUUAGUGGGAAAAGCUUGAUCAAGCAAGACUUCAAAACGUCAAUAUUGAGGCAAGCUAAUUUCAAAGGUGCAAAGUUAUUAGGAGCUAGCUUCUUCGAUGCUGAUUUAACAGGGGCUGAUCUUUCUGAUGCUGAUCUCAGAGGCGCAGACUUUUCCCUGGCAAAUGUGACAAAGGCAAAUUUGAGCAAUGCUAACUUGGAAGGAGCACUUGCCACAGGCAACACCUCUUUCAAGGGAUCAGUUAUAACAGGAGCAGACUUCACAGAUGUGCCUUUGAGAGAUGAUCAGAGGCAAUAUCUUUGCAAAAUUGCUGACGGGGUAAAUCCUACUACCGGUAACGAUACACGAGAGACAUUGCUUUGCAGUUAGCAACUCAUUUCUACCUUCCUGAGCAGGUAAUUAUCAUGGUCUUAAAGAGGGAAGCAGGAUUACUGAUCUGUUACAGCUGCAAUUUUAAUCUUAGAGUUGGUAAUUAUUUUGUUAUUAACUGUUUAUGAUAUGUAAUUAUUAUAUAUUAAGAUAACAAUAUUGUGUCA